UCGUGCAGUAAGCGACACACUAAGUCCCACACGCUCUGCCGGCGCUGUGGUCGUCGUGCGUUCCACAGGCAACACAAGACCUGUGCCCAGUGCGGCUACCCUGCAGCAAAGUUACGCUCGUAUGAAUGGGGCCAAAAAGCUAAGCGCAGAAAGACCACCGGUACCGGGCGCAUGCGCACGCUCAAGGACGUAUCGAGGAGAUUUAAGAACGGAUUCAGAGAAAACACCGUCGCGAAGAAGCGUGUCAGGCCAUCCGCGGAGGCAUGA